AUGAGGAUAGCGAUGAAUGAUUCUUGGCGGAACCAAAUUGUUGGUUUUCCAGCCAGGCCCAGAAAAGGCAUCGGAAAAUGGACUCCGAAAGGCAAAGGAAAGGGCAAAUACUUCUUCGGAUUCUUCGGGAAAGGUGCAGGAAAGGGUCCAUUCGUGAGUGACUUGAGUAUGGCAAAGGGAUCAAAAGGCAAAGGCGGCUCCCAUCACUCUUUGGAGCCCUUUCGUCGGACUCUGAAGAUGUCGAAGACAUCGACGGCCCUGAUGCAUGGUGGGAUGAGCGGACUGAUACGCAAGGCACAAACUCUGGCUUUGCUGAUGAACCCUGGCAAGACUUAA